GAGCACAGCCUCGCCAUGAGCGGCAGCAACGCCUCGGAGCUCCGCGUCCUGUGCAGCCCGGGCCAGCUGUUCCUGCAGCCCGUCUGGGACCUCCUGAGGACCCGGGACGCCCUCACCCAGUCGGCCUUCUUCCCGGUCAUCUUCUCCAUCACCACUUACGUGGGCUUCUGCCUGCCCUUCGUGGUGCUGGACGUCCUGUGCCCCUGGGCGCCCGCGCUGCGGCGCUACAAGAUCCAGCCGGACUUCGCGCCGACGGCGCGGCAGCUGCUGCCCUGCCUGGGGCGCACGCUCGGCCAGCACUUGGUGUUCGUGUUCCCCCUGACGCUGCUGCACUGGGCCCACGGCCCGGCGCUGCCGCCCCCCGAAGCCCCCGAGCUCUUGCAGCUGGUGUGCCACGUCGUGUUCUGCCUGCUGCUCUUCGACGCCGAGUUCUUCGUGUGGCACCUGCUGCACCACAAGGUGCCCUGGCUGUACCGGACCUUCCACAAGGUGCACCACCAGAACUCGCCCUCCUUCGCGCUGGCCACGCAGUACAUGAGCGUCUGGGAGCUGUUCUCCUUGGGCUUCUUCGACAUGGUGAACGUCAAGCUGCUGCAGUGCCAUCCGCUCACCGUCCUGGUCUUCCACGUGGUCAACAUCUGGCUGUCGGUGGAGGACCACUCCGGCUAUGACUUUCCCUGGUCCACCCACAGACUGGUACCUUUUGGGUGGUACGGGGGCGUGGUGCACCACGACCUGCAUCACUCCCAGUUUAACUGCAACUUCGCCCCUUACUUCACGCACUGGGACAGGAUCCUGGGAACUCUGCGGGCCGCCCCCGCCAAGUAG